AUGUCAAACCAAAGCUUUGUAAAUGAAUUUGUCCUCCUGGGGAUUUCACAGAAUCCAGAUGUUCAGAAAAUAGUAUUUGUUUUAUUUCUAUCCAUCUACGUUGCAACAGUGAGUGGCAACAUGAUGAUUGUGGUGACCAUCUUUAAUAGCCCAGCACUCCUGGCUUCCCCAAUGUACUUCUUCCUGGCUUUCUUGUCCUCCAUGGAUGUGUGUGUCUCCUCUGUUACUGCCCCCAAGAUUAUUGCUGACCUUCCCUUUGAGAAGAAAACCAUCUCAUUUAGAGGCUGUAUGAUACAAAUUUUUUGUAUACACCUCUUUGGUGGGGUAGAAGUCAUUAUCCUCACAGCAAUGGCUUUUGAUAGAUAUGUGGCCAUCUGCAAACCUUUACAUUAUUCUUCCAUCAUGAAUUCAAGGCUCUGUGGCAUUCUGAUAGGAGUAGCCUGGAUAGGGGGCUUUUUGCAUUCCAUUAUACAAAUUGUCUUUACUUCUCAGCUACUAUUCUGUGGUCCCAAUAUCAUUGACCACUUCAUGUGUGACUUGUAUCCAUUACUGAAGCUUGCCUGUUCUGACACUUAUGUCUUCGGUCUUCUGGUGGUAGCCAACAGUGGCUGCUUCUGCAUCCUCAUCUUCUCCAUGUUGCUUGUGUCCUAUGGUGUCAUCUUGUUCUCCCUGAGAAAGCACAGUACUGAAGGAAAGAGGAAAGCCCUUUCCACCUGUGGAUCUCAUAUUAUUGUAGUGGUUUUGUUAUUUGUCCCUUGUAUAUUUGAGUAUGCUCGUCCUCCAAGUGUUUUCAGCUUUGACAAAAUGGUGGAGAUAUUCUACACCAUGCUAACUCCUCUGUUGAAUCCUUUGGUUUAUACUUUCAGAAAUAAAGAAGUAAAAAAUUCAAUGCGCAAAUUAUGGAAUACAUUGAUGGUACCAUCUUAUAAAAAGUAA